AUGAUCUUCCAGAGGUUUAAAGAGUUGCGCAUGCCAGCUGUUGAGAAAAUACAAGAGGGCAUUAAGAUGAUGGUAAAUCUUGGAAUAAAUGUCAGUCAUCCUGAUGUCAUGUUUUGGAGAAGUUUACUUGGCAGCUUAAAACAGUCCUUGGGUCUGGGGAAAGAGGCAGAAAAGUGCUUUAUAGAUGUCCAAAACAGUGUUCCCUUUUGUGCUGACGUAGGCAGUAAGGACACAGAAAUAAUUACCCCGGUAAACUUCCUUCACUCCCAAGACAGAGCUGAUGUUAAGGGAGGCAAAUCUUCAUUCGCGAUAGCUCAGUGCAUUUCUCUUAUUAACUUGGUACACAUGGAAAGAGGUAACAAGAAAAUCCAGUAUCUUGAUAAACUUGUGUCCUGUUUGAAAGAAGAACAAGUAGAAGAAAUUCAAAUGAGGGAUUUUGCUGGCCAAGAUUUGUAUCUAUGUACUCACAGGAUUCCUUUGUUUAACAGACCUGCAGUCUUAGUUAUACACACAUUUGAUUCAUUGGCUGAUAGAUUAGGAGCAGACAAUGAUGAUGGCACCAAUUCAAAAAUGUUUUUGUCACCCUCUGCAGAAAAAUCACCCUUCAGUUUGUUUUUGAGGAUUCAAGGUAGAGGUCUGGGCGUGAAAGAAAUCAACUGCAUGACUUCUUCCUUCUGCAAGAGUGUAGAAAUCCUAUUUUUGCAACCUAAGUUUAGAAAAGGUUUUGUAGGAGGAAAGGAUGUGUAUGUGGAACUCCCAACUCAAACAGCCAUUUUUUCCCUUUCUAGUUAUCUUGAUUGUCUCCCUUUACUUGUUGAACUGGAGUUGACAAAAUCACAAGGACUGUACGAUGAUUUUGAUUACUUGACGUCUUGGCAAUCUUCUGUGGACUCUGCUACGCAUCCUGCACCUCAUGUCUCUUAUUUUUCCUAUAGUUGUGUCAACCAACGUGAGACAGAGUUUUUCUGGGACCAUUUGAUCCAAAAUUUUGGUCAACAAUUGGCACUAAAUGGUUUCCAAGAAAGUAUGAUUUCUGAUGUUUCAUUGGAAGAGAACGUUGCUAGAUUCAUUGUUCAAGAGUCAAAUUUGUUUUUAACUAUUGAUGUCAGGAAUCUUUCUGUCAUUGUGAAAUGUUGCACUAUUAAGGAAUCAGGUUCUAACUGUCAUUGUUCCUUGAUAAGAAAUGUGCUGACUGUUACCAUUGAGUCAUUAUUUGAAAUUUUGAAUGUUGAUGUUGAGUCCUCUCUGCAGCUGGGCUGUGAAGGUGUUCAUGGCUUUGUUCUUGGCAAUGAUGAUCAUGAUGGUAACUGUAGCCAAAGUGUUGACAAAGACUUAGUUGGUUCUGGUCCAACAUUGGAAACUUCGAAUUCAAUGGUGACAUGUCUAUGUAGUAUUUCUGGGGGUGCAGAAGCAGAUUUGAAAAAACGGACAGUUGGCAAAUUACACAAUGAGGUAAUACUUAUCUUAAACAAUAAGGAUUAAAUGAAAAAAAAUAGAAAUGAAAUUUUAAUCUCAGUUAGUGAAUAAGAAAAAUGGGUUACAGCCGGUCAAGGCAGGACAAGUGUAUCCUCCCCCUCCCCUCCAAGAUUCUAUUAAUGAAUUUUGAGAAAUGAAUCUGUUAGUUGUUCCCAUAACUAGUGUUUUUUUUUUUAAAUCGGGAUUCCUGCAUGUGUAAUGAGCACGGUGAAUAUUUUACGGCAACUUCGCUGUAUUUGGUCAGAUUGAAAAUCUUGGAAUGGAUAAAAUUGCUUUGAAGAUAUCUACAUCAAUUCUGAGAAACUGAUCUGGCAUGCAAGACUGCAGAGAUGAAUCUGAAAUCUGUAACAUUGGAAUCUUGGGGGGUACGCUUGACCUGGCUUGACUGUUAUUAGUACGAACAUCUAAUGUGGGACAAUCCAAGUUCCUUGAUUCAUACAGGUCAUGUACAUUGUAUGCUCUUAACAUAGCUGAUUGUACAUUUUAAAUAGAAACCUAGUGCUUAGACUAUGAAUAGUCCUUCAAUUUCUUUAGAAAUGGUUGAGCAAGCAAAAUACAUGAGUGCUGUUCAUGCACAAUCUCUGCACAUCAAGAUGCAAGAUGCAGAGGAAAAAUGAAGUGGUCGCACUUUUCUUGCUGAUCCUACAUGUACUUUGUAGCAGAGUGCAGGAUGUGUGUCAAUUACAGCAGCUUUGUAGAUUUGGAGGGGUUCUUACGUCUGAAUUCUUUGCUUAAGAGACACCCAUCAGGUCUUUUUUCAGGUCUUUUUAUUAUUUUUAAUGUGGCUAAAUUUUGUUCAGACUAUGUUAACCACAAGCCAAUGCCACCAGCAUUGUCCCCCAUUUUAGCGUGGGGUGGUCCAUUUGGGGCUUUCAGGGCUGUUCUCCUUUUGCAUCAUUUGCAAGCUAUUUUCAGCCGAUCAUUACGGAUGACUUUGGCUUUUGUGUUUGCCAAUUAGAUUUAUCGUUUGCUUCAUCUGGUGUAGCAAUAUAUCACUAGUUGCAUCAAUAGUAUGAAGCAAGUGGUAAAUCUAAUUGACCACUUUGCAGUUGUGUGGGAGACUGGGUCGAGAUGGCUGUCAAGUGCAUUGUGGGACUGUUUUGGGGUGAUCUUGACCUGGUCUCCCAUGCAGCCUCAAAGUGGCAAAUACAUUUACCAUAAAAUAAGGUUUGUACACAAGCAGAUUGUGUGGGUACCUUGUGGUGAAACAAAAACAGUCAAUGACUGUGAAAUUUAACCUAAUAUAUAAAGAGGAGUAAAGCUCUGCUCCAGAUUUACAGUGGGCUUACUUUACAGCAGCUGUGUUAAAAAAAAAUGGUCUUUCUGCAGGUAACCAGUAUCACAAAAGAAAAAGAGGAACCAAACAAUGGAGCUCCUCUGGGGGCUUUAUUGUUUGGUUGUAUUGAACGUUUUCUUUUGCUGUACAUAAUUUGUGCCUCAGUAGCUUAGCCAAGGACAGAAAAAUUAGUACGAUCCUUUAAUGAAACACAGUCAGUGUUAGCAUUUGUUGAUCAGUUGUUUGUAUUCUUUUGGGUAACAGAAUGCAGACAUCAUCCAUCCUUUAUGCCAUCCAUGUGACAAUUGUCAACAUGUAGAUGUUGGCCUAUGCCUUCUAGAGUGCCUUCUGAAUCAGUCAAGACCUGUAUUGCAUACAAGAGAGAAAGAAUUGAACAAUGGUGAACCCACUUCAAAUGAUGUUAAUGGGUGUGUCAGCCACAUUACACAUCCCAGUCUGUCUUCAAGUAUCUUUUCAAGUGCUACUUCAUCUUCAUUGAACUCAGUGCCUGCAAGCCCGUCUACUUUCUCUUUAGCUGGCGAUAGCCUAUUCACAUCAACAAAGUCCCCAAGUGAGAGCUUAUCAUCUGUCGACAAAUUGAAGGAAUACAAUGCAGAUUCUUCUUCCGAUGUAGUUUCUGUUUGUGGAAGCAGAGAACUCUUUUCUGAUAAUGCAUUAAGAAUUACAAAGUGCAGUGAACCGUCUGUUAGUUUGCCAAAGGAGCCUUCACUGUCUGUUGAUACAUGUGCAUUUUCACAAUCAAGUUACAAGGAAUGCUUACAUGUAGAACAAAGUUGUUCUUAUCCUGGAACACAGAAUACUAAACAGUCGAAAACUUUCACCAUCAAAAACAUCAAUGGAGCUGAGGAACUGAAGAUAAGAUCUACUGAUCAGAAAGCUGCAGCACAGAAUAUUUCUUCAAAGGACAAGGACUCAAGUGUUGGUAAUGACAGCAAGCUCUUGACAACUCAGUGUGUUGAAGAUUUACAUGCAAAUCAAAGUUCAAAGCUUGAAGCACCUGAUCAGGAUAUUCAAGGGCCAUUGUCUGGGGCAAGUUCAGACAAAGUUGACACAGGAACUGCAACUGACGAUUUUUUUAGAACUCUGCUGGCCAAUUUGGAGGAUGAGUUGGCAGCUUCUCAUAUGGAUCGUCAUGAAUUAGAACAACAGAUAAGAAGACUGGAAGAAAAUUUGAAGCAGAGCGAGGAGGAGAAACGUGAGCUUCAAGCUGAUCUAGGGAAAUUUCUGUUCCUUGAGGAAAAAGCAAAGCGUCGUGGAAGGCUCCUUGGUGGGGCAACUGCAGUGCAAGAGCCUGGUAAGUAAGAGAUGUACGACUGAGCAUUCAAUAUAUGGAUUGAAUUAUUAACAUGCCUUUGCAGCUGAAAAUACAUGUAUUUCACAACUGUGUUGCUUGGUGGAGGAGGCAAAAACCAGCCCCUAGAUAGUGUUACACCCCUAUGGCUAGUAAACCCAUGUCUUUUAGCCUAGCCCCCAUGUCAAGAGAACCAGGCACCUGUCACACUGAUUUAUCAGUGGAAAAAAUAAAAAUGAGGGUGGAGAAUUAAGCACAGUACAGUGGCUAAAGCAAGUGGCUGCCAGGAAAUGCUGUGCUAAGCACUUGAAAAAGUGCCUUUUUGAGACCCUCCAAACCAUUAAGAAGGGGAUGGGGUGGAGGAGGAAAUCAUUUUAAAAAGGGUCCAGAAAGGUGGCGAUUAAAAGGUUUUUGUUUAUAAAUGCAAAUUAAGUCUUGAGUUACUUUAUUUAGCUGGCAUGUCCAUAAUACUAAUAAGCUUGAAAAUAAAUUUAAUGGGUUUUACAGAACAGUUUCAAAUAUGAAAAGAAUUCAUAACCCCUUUUGAAGAAAUUUUCCCUUAAUAACUAAACAAAUGUCUUCAAAAUUUUUGUUUUAUGGCAAGAAAACACAAUGGCUGUUUGAUCAUUUGCUCACCAAAAUUUUAAUCGUUGGCAGCAGUAAAUGAGUUUAAAAUAAUUAUUAUCAUUUUUGUGCCCAAUUAUUUCAGUGUUUUAGUAUAAUACUAAAGCAAUAAUUGUUUCACCUCAUUGUCGGUGGCUAAUUAUGGAUAUUUACUAAGUGAUAAAUAUCCACCACUAGCCAUUGACAAUGAGGUGUAAAAUUGUUAUUAAUUACCAGUACUACAUUGUAGUAACAGAUAUAUGCAAAAUGAUCAUGUUGACCACAAAGAAGAUUAAAUGUCAUGCAGUAAUUUUUAUACAGUUUUGGUGUGUAUAUUCAAACAAAUACCAGAUCUGGCCUAGGUGUUAUUCCUAGUGGAAUAUUCUACAAUUUCCUUAAAGUCCUUGAUUUUCCUUCCACUAGGUCUCCUCCUGCAUUCAAGACUUAUUGAGAUCUCUGACUCAUUGUCAUCUGCAGAAGUGAAAAAGAUCAAGUUUUUGCUCAAAAGCAAAGUCAGUAGUUUCAGACUUGCACGUAUAACAGAGGCAUUUGAACUGUUUGAAGAACUGGAAACUAAUGGAAUAUUUCCCUUGGACUAUAUUGGGGAGCUGCUUGGUGGAAUUCAGCGGUAUGAUCUUGUGGAAAAACUUGGAAUUCAUGCACCCCUAUCAAGGAGUAGAAAAGGUCAGAGAAAGUUCAUCAAAGUUAAAACAAUGGUUAUAUCAGAAAAGUUUAUUUUGAAGUUAGGGUACUGUAGAGUUAAAUGAACUUGAAGACAUGGGACUGUAUCAUACACUCACAUAAUAGUUUAAUUUUAGACUCAUGUAGUUGUUUUUCAACACGCUUGAACAAUGAGUAGCUUUGGGAAGCAGUUCAACUGAUAGCGAAUAUUAUGUCCAGUUACAUUUUAAACCAAAGUUAAACUGCUACGAUAAAGUGACAAAGAAAUAUAAAUAUAAACUUACAGAUUAUUGUCACAUAAGGGGAAAACUUGAAAAUGAACAACGACGCGGUAAAUCCUUAGAGAAUCUUAGAGUAUCCUGAAUACUUCCCACAGUUUGAUACGCGUGGUCUGACAAGUCCCACAGUUCUUGCGCUGCGACUAGAUGACACAAUGUUUUAAGCCUGCAGGUACAAUCGCUUUGUACAUGUAACUUUCAGCAAUGGUUGAUAAUGUGAAGAACACCUUCUUGGGACUGACCCAGGGUUGACCGCCGAUUGCCUGUUGGCCAACUGUUCAACAACUGUCUGGCUUGUUCUUCACAAUUAUUAUCCACCGAAGUAUACAGUUGACUCCUGAUAACUCGAGCCCUCGCUAACUCGAACCAAAAUCGAUUUCCCUUGAAUUUCUGUCAUACAUUUACUGUAAUUUUACCCUUGGUAACUCGAACCCUCAAUAACUCGAACCUCCUGCUAACUCCAAGUAGUUUUUGUUUCCCCUUAGAUCAUUUCUCUAUAAUUUUACCCUCAGUAACUGAUGUUGUUGUUUUUUUAGGAUCUGCAAACGGUUCUGUCGAGUCAGACCAUGCUUCAAAUUCAGCCAAAUCUGCCCCUGUGCAAGACAACAUUUUGGAUGAACAGAUAGAUGCACCUGAAAUGAAGAUACAGAUGGAUCAUGCACCUUCCUCAAAAAGUUACUUUGAGCUCACAGGCAGUGAUGAAAAUGGUACAUCACUAAGGGCAGAGGAAAAAAAUCCCGGUGAAAGCCAAUACUUGUCAAUUUUAUCCAGUAGAAGUUCAGUUGAGGAAGACAGUGACAUACGUUUAUCCAGUAAGAGUGUAGGAAAUGUUGUGCUGGUUGAAGAAAGUCCUAAGUCAUCCAUCCCUUCAGAGGUCAUGUUUGUGUCAAAUUCCAAUUGCAGCUCAUCUGAUUUGUUAGCAUAUUCUGACAAGACUGCACCAGGAAGUUCUAACAGCAUUUUACAAGCUUUUUGUGAAGUUGAUGGCUUUCAAUUGGUGUCAGGUGGUUCCCAGUCAGCCUCUGGUUACAGCAACCCCAGUCCUACAACAUGGGAUACUCAAGGGAUCUCUCGUGUGAUGGCCAGACCAGGCAAUGAGCCAGCAGAUGAAGAUGGCCAGCUACGUGAAGCAUGUGCCACCAGUGGCGAAGAAAGAGUGGUAAAGUCUCAUGAUUUCUGUGAUGGAGCAGCAAUGGUAGUUCCAUAUAGCACAAAGAUAAUCACUGAGUGUAGAAAAACAGACUUUUCAGUUAGUUCAGAUUCUAGCCUUGCCAGAACUCAGAAUGUUGCAAAUGGAGGAAGUCUUUCUUCAACACAGCAGCAUGUGUUUUCAGAUGGAGAAGGAGAAAUUACUCCACCAUCAUCAGAUGUAAUAGACUGGAAACGUCUAGGUGCUAGACCAAAGAAACCUCAACGUACAGGUGAUGGACAAGUACCAAAAGAGCCUGUUGUAUAUAUAACCGAUGGCUUAGCUGGUGAUUUCUUAGCGAGACACACCCAAGACAAGGCCCUUCAUGACAGUAUCUACCAAACUGAUGUUGGUUCUCUCUUCAAUGACAUUCCAUCUCAGGGGCCUUCCUUUAUUGACGGUUACAUAUCUCAAUUUAGCAGAGCCCAGCCUUACUUUGGGGAUUGCCAGGCUGCAUCCAGGACAGAGCCACAUGGUAGAACUGGACAUUCACUUUUAAGUGGAUCUAGUAGACAUCUGGGUGGCUCUUCUUAUGUGGAACCUUACAGUGACAACUCAGGACUUUGGCCUAGCCAUUUGGGAAAUGAUUCUUCCUCAUUGUAUAGUAACUAUUUAUCAAGAAAUACUUCAACUGCUGCAAACAACUAUUCUCUUCAAAGUGAUUUUGUACAUAAUAGCAGUAGAUUUGCAGGAGUUGACCAUUUUGACAGACAGACUUAUUUGCCAUCAGCAAAGCAAACACCAUUUCCUCCUGUAGCAAGUGAUCCUGUUCUAAAUAGUUAUCCAGGAAUGGCUGGUUCAAGUUUUGCUGACCCUUCAUGGACAGGUGCAGCGCUAACUCUACCUGGGGAUCCUGGACAUAAUGCACCAAGAUUUAGUAGCUUUUUAAGUGAGCAGCUUACAGACCCUGCUCAUGAUGCAAAUAGGUUUGCUGGUAAUGAUGCCACUUCAGCUUUUAUCUCUAAUCAGGGCACAGAUGAGUCAGCUCAGAAAACAAAUUUUGCACUUGGAAAUUCAAGGACAACAACCGGAAACAUUGAUGAUGAUGCAAAUUCCUCUGCACGGUAUCAGCUUGGAAAUUCCACAACGUUUGAUGGUGUUUUGACAGCGAGUUCUACACAUGAUACAUCUGUUCUAGAACCUCAUCUUGGUGACCCCGACAAUAAUUUUGCGUUAAACAAUGCAGAUUUUGGUACUGAUUCUAUAGAAGCCUCAGACAACUCAUUGCUUGCUCUUGAACGGCGUGUCGCAGAAGCUUGUGCCCUUGUUGAACGUGUUCUUCGGAAGAGAGAGGAACGAGAACAGUUUGGAAGGGAAAUAGAAAGGAAAGAACAGUUAAUAAGAGAACAGAGAGCUCGAGAAAGGAGAGAGAGAGAGGAGAGAGAGUUGCGGGAAGCUGAAAACUGGCCACAACAACAAGAGGCCAUCACAGCACGUUCGCAGUGGUUAUGUGAACAUUAUCAGCGGCACUGCAGAGUGCGAUUCCCUUGUUGCACACAAUUCUAUCCAUGCCAUCGCUGCCACAACAUCUCAAAAGCUUGUGACAAUGAAGAGGCUAAAGCUUGUCAUGCCACUCACCUGAAAUGCUCUCACUGUCAGCAUGAACAGGAGGUAAGCUUUCUUUUCAUGUUUCCUAACACUUCAAUUUAAAAAUAGUAAUUUGCUCUACAUUAUACCUGUACAGCUGUACCCAGCACACACUUUUUCAAAGUGAAACUUUCAAUGUGUUUUUGGGUGAUUGCUGUGAAAGUGUUAUUUUCCAUCAUCUUUAAAGUAUGUUGGAAAUUUAUGAUUACUAGCUAAAAAACAAAGAGUAAUAAAUUUGUUUUAAAUAGGCUGUUUAAAAAUAGAAUUGAAUCUCAACAUGAUUAUAAAAAUUACCGGUGAUCAUAAUUGAUUACUGGGGUCAAUUAUUUAAUAAAACUUUUACAAGUGUAAUUUACAAGUGUAGCUAUUAUUUUCAGAGUCUAAAACAGUGACUACACUUGUAAAUUACACUUGUAAAAGUUUUAUAUAUUGAUCCCUGCUAAACUCACAAACCUGUGAACACCAGAGAUAUAUUUAUAGGAUACAAGUUGUAGGAUUUCACAGUGACAAAAGUUUCCGGUACAAUGUUGUUAUGAUGGUCUUAAAAUAACAAAACCAAAAAAUAGUUUCCCAGUGCCAAUUUCAGCCUUAGGGAUCCACUUACAGAAAUUCAUGAUUUUUCCACACAGAUAAUUAACUGGUAGGGCAAUUCUUUAGUUACAACUAAUAUAUGAAACUAAAAUGUUUAGGAUCUAUCAGUUCCAUCUUGAAUUAUUUGUUACUGGUUUAUGGCUUCCAGUGCCAAGAAAAAACUAUGACUUUGAAAAAUUAAAAACAUUCAGUAGAUGGGUUCCCAUGAACUUCCAUGGAAUCAAAAAAAUAAGUAAUGUUUUUACUGAUGGCUUCCCAUAAUCUCUGGGCAUGGAACCAAAAAAUUGUUUUCCAUGGGAAUUGAAAUCCUAGGGCUUGAGGAUAUUAUUUUUUUGUGAGGGGAAAACAAUAAUUAAGGAGUGAGAAACCUAAUCCACAGACUGCAACAAUAUAAUUUUAGUUUCUUAAGAAUUUAGAUUUUCUUUCACAUCCUGAACUUUUUAGCAACUGGUCACAGCAGUAACAUUCCUGACAUAUUUCAGGUCUUCACUUUUUUCUGAGUUGGCAGUAAUUUUUUUCUUUGUUUUUGCUUCUGUGGAAAUUGAAGAGUGAAUUUCUGCUUUUUCAUGCACCAGUGUAGUGUGAAAUGUGUAUAAUUUUUUUUUGUAUUUUGUGUUCCUUAAGUAAGUUCUGGUGUUUUAUGAAGUGCUGUCCUCUUAAAACAAUAUUAUUCAGUUCCAUAAAUACCAUAUUUGACAAUUUGUCUGUUAUUUUUGCAGAUUGGUGAAGACAGUGCCAAGUGUCAUAAGUGUGGGGGCAAAAUGUCAGCAUAUUUCUGUCCCAUCUGCAAGCAUUUCACCAGUGUCGACAAAAAUCCAUAUCAUUGCAAAAAAUGUGGAAUUUGCAGGUAGGUGACUUGGAAUUAGCUAUUGUUAUUCUGACUGUAAUAAUAAUCAUUGUUCCUGUGGAACACACAGACACCUCAAUAAGGGGCAUAAUGUUAUUGGUGUUAAACUUUUAAGAAAAUAUUUAGCCUCCUGUUUUUUGGUGUUUAGAUAGUGGACAGGCUGCAAUGGAGAGAUCAGAGCAGCAGAAAACCGCUUUUUUGCUCUAUGUCUAUAAGGCACAAAAAGACAGGACCAACGGGUCUUUUUUGCACCAUUCCCCACUGUCUGAUCACAUGGAAGCAGCGAGCCAGAAAAAAUUAUGUCAGCAAAGAUCUUUUUUUUCUAGAAGUGGCUCUCUUGUUUGAUUCACUUGCAGUUUUUCUUGACUGGUAGAAAUAAAAUGUCUUGACUUGUUUGGAUGGGUCAUAAUGCCACUUGCGCAUCUCCCUUAUAUUAUGCACCCUAGUUGCUGUGCCCCCCUCCCCCCCCCCGCCCCCACCUAAAAAAAAAUUUGCAUAACCUUUGUUUUUUAUUUCUCAUGGGUAUUACAACCAUCCCAUGAGAAUUAUGCAAAAUUUUGUGGGGCAAAUAAGUUGCAUUAUGGGAGAUAUGCAAGUUGUGUAGAGGGCAAAAAUUAAUGUGAAGCAAAAGCACUCUAGUGUCAGACUGUGUGGUUGAUAUACUGCAUCACUUUUUAAAAAAAUGUUAUUAAAUAAUACUGUUUUUUGUCAUUCAGGAUUCACCAGGACAAGUCAUUCCACUGUGAAGUGAGUAAUGUGUGUUUAGACAAACGACUUGAGGGAAAUCACAAAUGUCGACCAGAUUCAGGUCAUGAUGAAUGCUGCAUCUGCUUGGAGGUGAGGUUGAAAAGGGUACAAUAUAACAUUUCUUUAAAAAUCGAGUAG